AAUGGUGGGAUAAUAAUGGUGGAAAGAAUUACAAGGUGGUUUUCAAAAAGGCAUCGACUACAAGCUCUACUCCCUCUGCAGCAAAGGUUUCGUCUCCGCUCAGGUUCUCAGAUGGCCCCAAAAAGAUGUACCCAGGUUUGGAUCUUCGACAAACUACACUUCUCACUUCAUCGGAUCCCUCUAUACCUCCUCUCAAACUCAAGAAACCAGCAUUUUCUGCAUCUGGUACCUCGACUCCUCCAAAAGCAGCCCCCUCCGCCCCAGCUGCUACGACUGUAAAUGCUGUCGUAGCACCACCCCCUCCAUUCGCAACAUCAUCUUCUAAUGCAACAAGUGCUCAUCAGCGCAUUCCAUCCAAUACCUCGCUAGUAUCCAGUUCAAGUUCUGGGUCAUUGCGCCUGUCCAACUAUGCAUCGCCGACCUCACCUGUGGCUUCGGGUCGGAAUCAUUCGCGAGGGUCCUCUAUGAUGUGGCAAGACGGUGAAUUAGGUCCAAUUGUAGGAGGACAACCUAUCACUUCCCCUCCUACUCCUCCCGCCUUGCAAGUCCCUGAUCAGGACAAUGGACCCACUCCGAAGAAGCGCUCGCCAACAAACAGUAUCGCCUCUACAGUCUCCCCAGCAUCUACGGGAAUCCCCAUCACCCCAGCAUCUCCCGAUUCUAACGACCGGACGCCUCCCGCUAAUGGCUUCCCUAAUGGGAAGAAUACCUCUUACCCAUUCACCUCAAACGAUAGCAGAUAUGCCGCGCUUGUAGAGCAAUGGUGCUUCCACCAGUCCCCUCCCCCUGGCAUGGGAAACGGUGCCCCGUCUGAAAUGGCGACACCGGCACUCGGGCCAGCUGCUGGGACUUCUCCCAAUAUCUCUUCCGGAUAUGGGUCCGGAUACGGUUACGGCCACCAGUAUUCUAUUGGAAAGCCUUUGACUCUGAAGCCUUAG